AUGCAGUACAAGCUCCUGCAUUUUCUGCUCAUUACCGCAAUCGCUGGCGACAAAAACGUGGCCGACAUCAACAAACUCAAGGAAAACUGGAGCAAGUUCGUCCAGAACACGCUGGCCCCGAACACCACCUGCUACAAGACGGCGGCUGACUACGGCAUCCUCAAGGUGAAGACCGACGACCCCAAGUGUGACCUGACGGCGAAGAACGCCGAGAGGAAGCUGUGCAUUAAGCUGAAGGCCGGGGCCGGCGCGUGCAAGGCGCGAGCCGUGGGCGGGGAGGUAACCAUCACGCUCACGGAUGUUACCCAGUUCUGCGCUGACGCCACCACCGCUCUGCACAUGCUGCUGCACAGCACGAGCACGCGGCUGGGUCACGGGGCCACGCUGCCCCAGGCAGCGCGCGCGCCGCGUCACACGUUCCUCGACCCGCUGCUGCGAGUGCCUUCGGAUGACGCCAGCAGCGCUGAUUGGCGCUCGGAGUCUGGCGCCGAUCGCGCCACGCCGUCCGCAGACGAUGAUUGGCCAAAUCUUGCUGUCGGCGGCCGGCUAUUGGUCGACACGCUGUUCCACCCCAGUAGGCUCGGCUAUCGCCUGCUGGUGACUGCUGCCGACCCGCGAUACCAGGCCGAUCUGCAGGUGCAGUGGAUGGGUGAGCCCGACCUCAGCCACGUGACCCUCACCAAGGCCGACUCACUGCUUCUCGACCAGACUGCGUGCCGUAAGCACCGCACCGACUGCAAAGUCCGCUGCCGCGGCCACCUCGACUCGGCCUGCCACUGCGUGCAGGACUCGCAGCCGACGCUCCCCUGCAUGCGCGCCACGCCCACCUCCGACGCCUGCGACCCGGCCUCUGGCGACCGUGACCUCUGCCCCUACCGCGUCACGAUGGGCGCCGACCUCCACGGGCAGCUGGGGCCGGACUGCGCGCACGUGACUGCCGUGGUGAAUGAGCUGCAGGGCGCGCACCCUGCUGUGCGGAGGUACCUCGAGGCGCCGCGGUACCCCUGGCGGUACCUGAUGGUGACCGUGCUGGCGUGCACCGGGCGCAGCGGUCGCCUGACGGAUGUGGUGGUCGGCUUCCCGGACGAGUACCGCCGCGAGCUGCGCGACGGCCGACUGCCUCACGACAGAGAGGUGCUGUGUCAGAUCCUGCGCGUCUACAUCACCAACGCCGAGUCGCAGGUGCUGGGCGCUGACAGCCACCUCACCUACGAGUCGUUCUGCUUGGACGACCUUGUGCUGGCACCGCUGGCGCACCUGAGCCGGCCACGACGCCAGCCCGGCGCCAGCGGCCGGCCGCGAGACGCCGUGCACCUCUGGCUUGGACCGACACCGAAAGGCGUCAGCGUCAGUCUCGGCAAGCUCGUGGUCAAGCUGUACGCAGUCAGGGCGUCCAGCGAGGUGGUCAUGCCGUACAAGGCGCUGACCCAGCUGACGGCAGAGCCCCUGACGCUGGGCAAGUGUGUGGUGGAGGUGUCCGGGAAGAACGUUUCGGAGAAGAAUGACAGUGACGUCACCACGACGAAGGCGCCGUUCAACUUCUCACAGGGCGCCGCAAUGCUGAGCACGAACCGUUUACGCGUCGCAUCCACGGGCUCGGUACUGGGCCUGCUGCUGCUGCUGGCCCUGUUCGUCUACUGCAUGUGCCUACGCACGGCGCCCCAGCGCCUGGGAAUCGGAUGA